GUGGGCACACUGGCCUGCCUGAGGCGGGCCGGGCCGUGCGGAGCGGCGGGGCUGAGCGGGCCCAUCCCACCCGGAGCGGCGUCGGCCAGAUGGCAUCCAACUAUAGAAAACCUGGCUUAAGUACAGCCCAGCGGAAGAAAAGUGGCUUGAAACCUGAACUUACAGAAGAGCAAAAGCAGGAGAUCAGAGAAGCUUUUGAUUUGUUUGAUACCGAUGGAUCUGGAAGCAUCGACAUAAAGGAACUGAAGGUUGCGAUGCGUGCUUUAGGCUUUGAACCAAAGAAGGAAGAAAUUAAGAAAAUGAUAGCAGAUAUUGACAAAGAAGGAAGCGGUACCAUUGACUUUGAGGACUUUUUGGCUAUGAUGACACAAAAAAUGAGUGAAAAGGAUUCAAAAGAAGAAAUCUUGAAAGCUUUCAGAUUAUUUGAUGAUGAUGGGACAGGAAAAAUUUCAUUCAAAAACUUGAAGAGGGUUGCCAAGGAGCUGGGGGAAAAUUUAACAGAUGAAGAACUUCAGGAAAUGAUUGAUGAAGCUGAUCGAGAUGGAGAUGGAGAAGUGAGCGAGCAAGAAUUUUUGAGAAUCAUGAAGAAAACCAGCUUAUAUUAAUAUUUGUUGCCUUGCUGUACAGCUGUUCCAAAAGAUAACCUGGAAAAGACUUAAAAUUUGGGCUUGUGUCUCCUGCAUAUUUUCUGCCAUGUAGAGAAAGUCUGAAAGGACAGAUUUUUGGUUCAUUCUUCUUUUUCAGCAAAACUGGGGGAGGGGGGCUUCAAUACCUAUAACUGGUAAAAUUAGAUAUUACAGAAGUGAAAAGGAAGGAUGAACUGAACCUGCAAGGCAGGGUCCCUUCUCUCCCUCAACAAUUUCAUCGAUGGCCAUUUUGGAUGAGGAACACUGUGUUUCAACUAUUUAACUAAAAGACAUUCAUUUUAGACGUGAAAAUUCCCACUGCUGCUGGGGGAAAGGCCACUUUUGACUUUUCCUAAGGCUACAGAAUGAAGGUACAAAGCACAGUAUUUUUAUUCCUUUUAAGGCUUUUAGGUUAUCUUUUGGUAUUUGUCUCAUUUUGCUUACUUCUAUGAAAGACUCUAAAACCAACUGCAUACCUGUCUAUUUCUGUAUGAGACACUGUUUUCCAUGGCAAUUUGGUUUUGGACCUAACAGGAAGCAAAUGUAGAUAACCAGAUUUGGUUCUUUGUUUGGAGCUGUGUGCCAUCAGCAGAUGUUCUUCUGUUUAUCUGACCAUCUGAAGCCUAGUUUACUUGAAUGUAACCUGCUUGGAUUAUCAAAAUUUUUUGUAUAACCAGUCAACAUCUUGUGCCAUUGUUCUUACUCCCAAGACAUUACAGCGCUGCUGCCAGGAUUUUAGGUACCUAAAAUUUUGGUUCUGUGGUGCACAAGGGUAAAUUUUGUCUUUGACUGUUUACAGUCAAGUUUCAGGGACGACUCGCAUCUGAAGUGAAAAAAUAGCUUGCCUUGGACAUCUGUGGAACACUGAAUAUAUUUAGAUCCGUGCAAUCUAAAUUCAUUUCUGACAUCACAGGUUUGGAUUUACUUUUUUUUUUAGGCGUCCCUUCAUUUUCAUGAAUAUUUCUUUAUACUGUCAGCCUAGGAUUUACUGGAGAGCCACAUUUCCUUCCGUAUUACCCGUGACAGAGCAGUGACACACAACAUGACAUCUGAUUAUGUGGUUGUGCAGGAGGCUUUGUCCUUGGGUCCCAAUUAGACAAUCGGCUCCAAUACCGCAGGGAAAUGGUAUAAUCCUAAAUGGCAUCUCUCUCUAGUAAGGCGCCUGAAGGAGAGUUUGUUACUGCUCACAGCAAAGUGGCAAGUAGGUAGCAAAAUGCCACAAGGGUCCAGCAGAAAGGGGAGGGAAAGGACAGUGUUUCACCAGUAACUGUAAAGAUCCCUCUUCUCUUCAGAAGCUUCUGCUGCUUGAGAGCACUAUGGAGGUUUUUAGAAGAAAGGAAGAGCCAGCUCCUGGACUGGCUCCUCAGUAGAGCUGCUUUGGCUCUCACGGGCUGUAAGGGCCCAGCAGGGGGAGAAUCAGUUCCAGGAGCAGAAAGGAGAAGUGUUCGUUUCUGUGUCUUCUUCUCAGCGUGCAGAUGCAGACCCAGCACAUUCUGCCUGGGUCCCCCCAGCCUGGUGCUCUGACCGGCUCUGAACACACCCUCUCUAACCUGUACAGAAAUAGGCUUAAACCUGUGGGAGAACAGGGACCCUGGAGACCUGUGAAGUCCUGUUAACAUAUUCAGUGGCAGUAGAUGUAACCUAUAGUACUGUAAGUGUUUUUAAAUGUCUAUUAACUUUGUAUAAGUGUGAAAUAAAACUGUUUUGCAAGUUUA